AUGGAUCAUGAAGCCAGAAAGGGAAAGAAGGGGCACAAUCGCCAUGUGGCCUCAGGAAGUGAGCUCUUUUCGAGCACAAAAGUUGUUGCAGAUGCUGCAAAAUCAGCCAUGAGCCAUAAGACUGAGAAUUUAAACAAAGGGAAGGAUAAUUCGCACUCGGGGGGUGUCAAGGAGGGUGGAUAUGGAGAUUAUAUCAAGAUGGCUCAAGGGUUCUUCAACGAACCUUCGCAAAAUUCGCACUCAGGGGAUGCUAAGGAGGGUGGAUAUGGAGAUUAUAUCAAGAUGGCUGAAGGGUUCUUGAAGAAGCACUGA